AUGUUAAAAAAGAAAAUGAGCCCUGAUUUAAUACACCUUACAAUAAGAAUCCUCGCAGAAAAAGUCUGUGCAGCUGGGUUUCAACACAACAAAACAACUGUUUUGAUUAUAGCAUGCCAGCCAUAUUUUUUAAACCAGCUCGAAGGACAAAUCAACAAAAUUCCAACUGAACAGCAGUCGAGGAAAUCGAAAAUAUUGCCUUUCUUAGAAAAUCUUCUAAUAUUUUAUGAAACAGUUCUUAAUGUACUCCCACAAACUGCAUGUGAAAAAUUUAAUAAUCUGUUUAUUAUGACAGAACUGUCCAUAGAAGGAGCUAAGAGAUACCAAAACAUAAACUGUGAUGACAUUAAGAAGAAGCUUGAAGAUGUUAUUGCCCAGCUAAAAAGCAAGAGAGAAGAAUAUGAACACAGUCCAAUAAAAACAAGUAGCAAAAUGGAGCAGCUCCAAUAUUUGCAGCCCCCUGAUAAUUUUAGACACUACAGUAUAUUCCCAACUGUUGAAGAUUUUGCUAACAAACCAUUUUUGCGACCUAGCAUCGUCAAAGGGGCAUAUAUUGAUGUUGAACAUUACCUAGACGUCCAGUUCCGCUUGUUGAGAGAAGACUUUGUGGGUCCUUUACGUGAGGGUAUAGCACAAUAUAUGGAACAUUGUCUUCAAGGCCAGAAAAGAUUUAAGAGGAUUGACAAUGUGCGAAUAUAUCGUGAUGCUCAGUUCGUAAACACUGUAACUGUUAAAGAAAAAGUAGGUGUGUUAUUAAAUUUUGAUACCAAAAGGAAGCUGAAAAAUAUUCAUUGGGAACAUUCCAAACGUUUUAUGUUUGGUUCUUUGUUGUGUUUUACACGAGAUAAUUUUGGUACCUUCUUUUUUGGUACAGUACUGGACAGGGAUAAGAAACAGCUAGAGAAGGGUUGCGUUGUGGUUGAACUUUGUGCCGAAAUAGACUCAAACAUGUUCUAUGAAUUUUUUACGGUAGCAGAAAGCGAAGUUUACUUUGAACCAUACAGGCAGGUAUUAAAUGCAUUGCAGAAUAUGCCAUUUACAGAAUUUCCAAUGAAGCCUUAUAUUGUUGAUGGGAUUACAGAAGUGAGUCUACCCCAGUAUAUAUAUGCAAAUCCAGAUUCAGCAGUGUACAACAUUGAUGACUUCAGAGUGCCUGUUACUGAAUUGGAUGCUUGGCCUACAGAAGAUGAACUGAAUUUGGAUGUUUCACAGUAUAAGUCAUUCAAAUCUGCUUUGACAAAGGAGUUUGUUAUAAUACAGGGACCACCAGGAACAGGCAAAACUUUCCUGGGAUUGAAGAUAAUGCAUACUUUUCUCAACAACCAAAACAUAUGGAACAUUAACCAUAGACCUAUUCUUGUAGUUUGCUACACUAACCAUGCUCUGGAUCAAGUCCUGGAAGGCACUUUACAACAUACAACAAGAAUAAUUCGAAUUGGUGGUCAAUCACAGUCGAAAGCUCUAGAGCCAUAUAAUCUGAAAGAAAUUAGACGAACUCGUGCACUGAAACUAUCUACAUCACAUACCAGGGAGAUAUUCAGACAAAUGCAAGAUGUCAUCAGUCACAUUCAUUCUCUGCAACGAGAUAUAGAGAAAAUGGCUAACAACUGGGGGGUAGUCAGUGUUUCUUCAUUGAAGGAAAUGGGACUUACUGAUAAACAACUUGUAUCAUUUAUAGAUAAACAGUCAGUCAGUGAUGAACUUUUCAUAGAAUGGUUGAAGGGAGAUGGAAAUGACAAUCCAGAUAAUGAAUUUCAGCAGGGUCAGCUAUCACAUCUUCGUGCACACAGUCAAUAUUGUCAAGAGCAGAUGGAGCGUUCACAAGAUAACCAGGAGGAUUUCCUGAAGUAUCAGCAGCUGUGGCUGUAUAACACAGGCCUCUACAGGUUCUUCAAGAACCGCCUUACACAGGAUGUCAGUAUGGAUGGACAUCUUACUGAGAGAUUGACACGUGUUCACAACCUCUGGGAUCUUAACAUAGAAGAACGUUGGUAUUUGUACAAAUAUUGGUGUCAAUGUUUACACUCAACUCUCAUGAAGAGGGUGUGGCAGUUACAAGCACAAUACAAACAGUUGUGUAUGCGAUAUGAUGAAAUACGUGAUAUUGCGGAUCUCUGUAUAAUGCAAGAUGCCCUUGUUGUUGGCCUGACAACAUCUGGUGCUGCAAGGAAGCAGUCUUUGUUGCAGGAACUGAAACCACGAAUAGUAAUAGUUGAAGAAGCAGCAGAAGUGCUAGAGUCACAUGUUGUCAUUUCUUUAACAAAGGCCUGUGAACAUCUCAUUCUCAUAGGUGAUCACAAACAGCUGCGACCUUCAACUGCAGUCUUUGAGUUAGCAAAAAAUUUUAAUUUUGACAUUUCGUUGUUUGAACGGAUGCUUCAGAAUGGAAUGCAAUAUGACUGUUUGGAAGUUCAGCACAGGAUGAGGCCGGAAAUAGCAAAUCUUAUCACUCCAAUGAUUUAUCCAACAUUAAAGAGUGCACCAUCUGUUUACCAAUAUGAGAAGGUGAAAGGGGUCACAAAAAACCUGUUUUUCAUCAACCACAGAUUUCAUGAAGAAGAGGUGUCUGAAAUAGUCAGCUGCCGAAAUUUGUUUGAAGCAGAAUUCCUAAUCGCUCUUUGCAGAUACCUUUUACUUCAAGGAUAUGAAGAAACUGAAAUUACCAUAUUGACAACUUACUCUGGGCAAAUGUUCUACUUGAGGAAACUGAGAAGGGAAUCUGGUGCACUACAAAACAUUCGAAUAACUGUUGUAGAUAACUUCCAAGGAGAAGAAAACAAAAUAAUUUUACUGUCAUUGGUACGGAGCAAUGAGGAUGGCAAGAUUGGUUUCCUUAAAGUUGAAAACAGAGUAUGUGUAGCCCUCUCAAGAGCUAAAGAAGGCUUUUACAUAAUUGGUAACGUUACACAGGCAUGCUUUAGCAGCCAAAUAUGGCCAAAAAUAAACGAAACACUCAUGAAACAAGAUGCAUUUGGCUCUCAUCUGACAUUAAAAUGUCAGAUACAUCCAACUGAGGAAACAAAGGUCGCCUCAGCAGCUGACUUUAAGGCUGUUCCUGAAGGAGGUUGCAGCCUUCCUUGCGAGGCAGAUCUUCAGUGUGGCCACAAAUGUCAGAGUGUGUGUCAUGUAAGGAACAGAUUCCAUGAAAAUUAUAAGUGCUACUUUCCUUGUGAAAGGAUUCCGCAGCAAUGUCCAUUGGGCCACAAGUGUCUUAAGAAAUGUUUCCAAGAUUGUGGAGAUUGUAAGAUGCCUAUGGAGAAGGUGCUUCCUUGUACACAUGUAAAGACCUUAGCUUGUCAUGUCAAUGCUAGUGAGUACCAGUGUCAGGAAGUAGUGGAAGCUGUACUGGAACCAUGUAGUCACAAAACUAAAAAACUUUGUUUUCAAGAUAUUCAAAAAUUGCAUUGUCCAUUUCCAUGUGAAGACAGGCUUGUUUGUGGACAUAGCUGUGUGAGAAAUUGCCAUGCAGGAGAUGAUCCAGACCAUCUUGAGUACAAAUGUAAUAAACCUUGUGAAAAAAACAAUGCUGGUUGCAAAAAAAAUCACAAGUGCUACAAGAAGUGUUAUGAGGAAUGUGGAGAAUGUGUUGUCGAAGUCAAAGUACAACUAAGUUGUGGACAUACGCAUCAGAUACAUUGCAGUUCUGAUCCAUCAGAAGUGAAAUGUCGUAGGAACUGCAAGCGUACAAUGGAAUGUGGGCACAAAUGUCAUCUUCUCUGUUUUGAGCAGUGUGGAAAUUGUGCAGUUGAGGUACAAAAAGUUAUUCCAGACUGUGGACAUGAAGUUCUUGCAGAAUGUUCUAAAGAACCCACACGUAAUAUGUGUAGAAAGACUUGCAAAAGACUUCUCCCAUGUGGACAUCAUUGUAAGAGCAUGUGCCGCAAUCCAUGCACUUCACAGUGUGAGGAACUUGUACACAGUCAUAUUAGACCAGUAUGUGGUCAUGCUGUUGAAAUUCCAUGUUAUCUGAGAAGCAAAGGAUUAUCACCAUACAGUGCCAAGUUGUUAUCGAGGUGUGAAAUGGCUUGUGGGGAAGUCCUGGAAUGUGAACACAUCUGUGCUGGGACUUGUGGUAAAUGCCAUCAAGGUCGUUUACAUUUGCCAUGCCAGGAAAAGUGUGGUCGUCUGCAAAUAUGUGGACACGGCUGCAAUGUUGAUUGUGCAAAAAGUUGCCCGCCUUGUAAGCAGAAGUGCGAAUAUCGAUGCAAGCAUUCACGUUGCAGUUUGAAAUGCGGUGUUCCUUGUACACCCUGCAGGGAACCGUGUGAAUGGCGCUGUAAACAUAUCCGAUGCACAAAGCUUUGCUAUGAGCUUUGUAAUCGUUCUCCAUGUUAUGAACCAUGCGAGAAAAAGCUUAAAUGUGGCCAUGAUUGUGUUGGCUUCUGUGGUGAACCAUGCCCUCCUUUAUGUAGAAUUUGUAAUGAAGAAGAAUUAACAACAAUUUUCUUUGGCUCAGAAGAUGAAGAGGAUGCCAGAUUUGUGUAUCUGGAGGAUUGCAAACAUACUAUCGAGUCUAAGGCAUUGGAUGAGUGGUUGAAACAGCAAAACGUUGAAAUAGGUCUCAAAAGCUGCCCGCUUUGUAAAACAUCAAUAAAGAGAACCUUGCGAUUCUUAAAUUAUUUGAAAAUUUCAUAUAUUGACAUCCAAAAUAUAAAGAAAAAAGUCUUUGGUAAUCUGAAAGAUAAUGAUGCAAAGAGGGAACAACUGAAUACUACAUUGAAAGGAAUAGUUGUUCCACACAUAGUAAGACGAGAAAGUACUGAAAUACAGGAGAUGCUAACAUUACUGCAUUCUAACCUACAAAAUGUACGGAGGAAAAGACAAAUCUUCCUUUCAAAAACGGGCCUUGACUCAUUAUCCAUUAAAGUAGAGUUUGUCUCAAAACUUCUCGAAACCAUGAACAUCUUUCAUAAAGCUUUGAAUGGAGAACCAUGUAAAAAACUUAUGAAGCAAUUUGACAGGCUGAUUUAUUUGAUGAGAACAAGGAAUACAAACAUGAGCCAACAGGAGGUAAAUGAUUUUAAUUUAGAAAUAAACAGAUUUAUGAGAGUAGCUCAGUUCCGUAGUAUUGAGAGCAGCGACAGUUUCAAAACAUCCCAAUCUGAUGGUGUUGUUAUGGAUUUACACAAGAAAGCUGUGCAAGAAGUAAAAUCUAUUGAAAGAUAUACACCUAUACAGGACCAGAAACUGAAAGAAGUUUUGGAAAAACUGAACAAACAGUUGAAGGUCAUCACUGGAGAUAUUGAAAGAAUAAGGAGAGAAGUUGUGAAAGCAGUAGGUGAACGAUCUGGUCACUGGUUCAAAUGCCAAAAUGGACAUUACUAUGUUAUUGGAAACUGUGGAGGAGCAGUACAUGAAGGAAGAUGUCCAGAUUGCAAAGCUACAAUUGGUGGUGUAGGCUAUCGGCUACAUACGGGCAAUCGUCAUGCUGGGGAACUUGAUGGGUCAGCACGUCCAGCUUAUCCUAAUAUGUGA